AUGUCUACUAGUGUACCACUGGGCGAGGUGCUGGACAAUGCCGGACCAGCCAAGAGUCCAGAGCAUUUGGCAAUUGAUGGAGAGUAUACGAGACUCGAACCCGUCGCUACAAGACACGCAUCAGCACUGUAUCAGUGCCUGUGCCGAGACUCGCCCGUGGAGACGUGGUCGUACAUGGCCGCCGGACCUUUUACCGGCGAGGAAGCGUUUACCAGGCAAAUUGAAAACCUCGUUGUCUCAAAGGACCCGCUGUUCUUUACGGUCAUGACCCAGGUGGACUUGCCCGGACUUGCUGCUGGCAGUCCCGUGGGCUACCUGAGCCUGAUGCGCAUGGAUGAGAAGAAUCGAGGAAUCGAAAUUGGCAACGUGACAUUUUCGGCGGCGCUGCAACGUACCACGGUGGCGACAGAGGCACUCUUUUUGGCCAUGCGGCACUGUUUUGAGGCCUUGGGCAAUCGGCGGCUCGAGUGGAAGUGCGACAGCCUGAAUGCCAAAAGCCGACGGGCAGCGCUACGGUACGGCUUCGUGUUUGAGGGCAUCUUUAGAAAGCAUUUCAUUGUCAAGGGCCGUAACCGCGAUACGGCUUGGUUCUCCAUUGUGGACAAUGAGUGGCCGACGAUCAAGGGUGCGCUAGAGGCUUGGUUGAGGGCCGAGAAUUUCGACGAGAAUGGUCGACAGAGGCGAGGUUUGGUAGAAAUCCGCAAAGAGCUGGAGUCAAGCCGUAGUAGAACGGUUUGA